AGUUAUUUAGAAAUACUUGAUAUUCCUUUGGAUUUAAAAACACUAAAAUUUAAUAAUUUAGAAUUUACAAUUUACGAAGAAGGGUGUGAUAUUAGUCAUUUAAAAAUUAGAAAUCUUGCUAUUGGACCUAUUGGAUGUUUACCCAAAAAUAUUCCAGCAACAGUUACACAUUUAUAUUUACGAGAUGGCUUUAAUCAACCACUUAAUUUUAUACCACCCACCGUACAAACGUUGUAUUUAGGUAACAUCAAGUAUCAAUUAACACCUGAUUCAAUUCCAGCAAAGGUUUUAGAUUUAAAUUUACUUCAUGGCUUUAAUCAACCACUUAAUUUUAUACCACCCACCGUAAAAUUCUUGAAAUUACAUAACAUAAAGUAUCAAUUAACACCUGAUUCAAUUCCAGCAACAGUUUUAUUUUUAUAUUUACUUGAUGGCUUUAACCAAUCACUUAAUUUUAUACCACCCACCAUACAAUGCUUGUAUUUAGAUAACAUCAAGUAUCAAUUAACACCUGAUUCAAUUCCAGCAACAGUUACAGAUUUAUAUUUACUUGGUGGCUUUAAUCAACCACUUAAUUUUAUACCACCUACCGUAAAAUAUUUGUAUUUACAAAACAUCAAGUAUCAAUUAAAACCUGGUUCAAUUCCAAAUCAUUUAAAAAAUCUUCUAAGAAACUCAAAACAAAAUGGAAGAUAUUCUGUCAAUAAAUUGAAAUAA